AUGACAACGCUGCAGAGGGAUGAUCUGAGGCAUCACGUAGUGUCCCAGUCACUGCGUGCUGUUCGGAGCAUCACAAGAGCCGUGGUCGCCAGGGAAAGAUCUGAGAGCCACCGUCUACGUAAUUACAAGUGGACGGACUUGAACAAAACAGAACUGCAGGCCCAGGCGGCGGUUUUCCGGGAGCGCCUCUCCAGCUACUGGCGAGACGUGGCGCAGCUGGUCUCACUCGGCGCGACGCACUUCUCACAGCUGUUGGUUCCCCUCGCGUUCGAACACGUGGGUAACCACACCAGUGAUCAGCAACUCCACGGUUGGAUGAAGGACGUGGAACGUGUGAAAGACAUGCUGCACACGAAAGUAACCGGAUUGGUACACGACGCGCAAUGCGUCAGCAAACAGGUAGAGCACUACGAGUUGGAAGAAGACAAGGACAGGCCGGGACGCUUGAUAGUCAGGCGGCCGCUGUUGAGUGAACGCCUACUGCCCUACCAGCCGUGGAACCUUUCCUGUCACGACGACUUCAGUGCGCUGUGCGAAGAGCGGCAGCCAGAGGCGUCGCAGAUGUUCAACCUCGCUGACACACUGUACGCCUACUAUCGUUUCAACUGGUACACUGUAGCUGUGUACAUCGAUAUGUUCUACGAAGAUGAUUUCAAGACUGUAGAUGAGGAGUGGCAGCUGGAGGACAGAAGCAGCGCUACACUCUCCGUGGACACUGAGUGCGUGCAGCUGUUGGCGAACGCCCUGGACCACCCCACGUGUCCGCUGGAAGACCUGCCGCUGGAAGCCCUUGAGCAGCGCGAGCAGUGCCGUGUGCAGCUGUGGGACGACGUGGUGCAGAGGUCGCCCCACAUACCCGUGACCAGCUACCUGGCCUACACACAGAGGGUGAACGUCAACCUCUGUCUGCUCGCCUGGAUGGCUGUUAACUCGUACAGCAUUUGUCAGGACGUCCCGUUUAGUGUGAUACAAUCCGUGAGUGAUGCUCGCUGCUACUUCGAUAGUCCUGACGAUCAAUCGUGCCUGGAAUCGAACGCUACAGACACCAUCUGCUCUGUUUCCAGAGCUAUUCUCCUGCUAAAGUGUCUCAGCAGCGUGUCUACGCUGCAGUUAGCAAAGACUGCCAACAUUGAGGAGUGUCUCGGUGUAGAUUGA